AUGGAGCAUACGAACACUAGCCGUUUUCAGCCAGCAUCUCUCCUUCUAAUGGGUAUCCCUGGAUUAGAAGCUGUACAACUAUGGUUCUCUAUUCCUCUGUGCAUCAUGUACUCAGUUGCCCUCCUAGGGAACUGCACCAUCCUCUCUGUCAUCAAAACCACCACCACCCUUCAUGAGCCCCAGUACAUCUUCCUGUCUAUGCUGGCAGCUACAGAUGUGGGACUAUCUUUGUCAACUCUGCCUACUGUACUCAGUGUCUUCCUGCUGAAUCACAGGGAGGUUGAGUUCCACUCUUGCCUCACACAGAUGUUCUUUAUUCAUACCUUCUCCUCCAUGGAAUCAGCCAUCCUGCUGGCAAUGGCGUUUGACCGCUUUGUAGCUAUUCGCCACCCUCUGCACUACACUGUGGUUUUGACUCCUCCUCGGAUUACUGGGAUCGGAGGUGUGGCAGUCAUUAGGGGGGUGGUAUUGAUGGCGCCUUUACCGAUCCUGCUUAAGCGCUUGCCUUUCUGCAAGGGUGUUACUCUAUCCCAUUGCUACUGCUAUCAUCCUGACAUGAUGAAGCUAGCCUGUGGCCCUGUCAGAGUCAAUAUCAUCUAUGGAUUGUCUCUAGUCCUCUGUUCCUUUGGGAUUGACUCUGUGUUCAUUGUCAUUUCAUACAUCUUCAUUUUGAAAACAGUGCUCAGCAUUGCCUCCGGAGAUGGUCAGCUCAAGGCACUUAACACUUGUGUUUCCCACCUCUUCACUGUCUUCAUCUUUUAUGUGCCACUCAUCGUGUUGGCCUUAAUUCAUAGGUUUGGCACAUUUGAAUCUCCGCUUCUCCAUGUGACUAUGGCCAAUCUCUUCCUCUUUUUGACUCCUGUCCUUAAUCCCUUGGUUUAUAGUCUAAAAACCAAACAGAUAAGGUCAGUAAUGGGUAGGGUACUGAAGGGCAGGAGAGACCUGCUCAAGUAG